GUAUCUGGUGAUGUCCUUUCACAAGUGCCAAGUCUUCCAAUUCCUCAUCGGCAGGCCGCACCUGUCCCAGAACCACUUCGCGAAUUUGUUUUUGUGCUUCAUCAUCUUCAACAUCAUCAUUUACGCCUUCAUCGUUGCGCCAGGAAUCGCCGCGCGGAAUCCUGACGCGGUGAUGACGUGGGCCUUUCUGAUGGGUGUGUCUUUGCUCUUUUGGGUGCAGAACUGCUACGCGGACCCCGGCUGGCUCAUGCCGCGGACAGUAUAUCCGCAACACUUCCUCCUGGGGGAGGACCCAUCACAGGCCUUCGACGCCGAGCAGCCGGUGGAGUCCCAAAUGGUGCACUGCGACGCAGUGAUGCAGGAUUUGGGUGAGGGCGAGCGCCGAGAGCUCAUGAAGCUGGAAAUGGAGCAGAACAAGUACAACUACCAGCGGCAGCUCAUCCGAGAAGCCAGGAAGAGACUCGAGGAAGGUUGCGGCCUGGAUCCCUCCAGCCCGGCGGUGGGCGCAGAAUUGCAGCCCUUGAUUGGCCCAGGCGGGGACAGCAGCGCUUCUCGUAAGGCGCAGCUGGAACGCGCGGCCAUGACGCUGCAUGAGCGCGAGCGCGCGACAGGCGAGAACUUGGGCCGCGCCCGCAUCGAGCACCUGCUGUCCAUGGGGUGUGGGGAGUACCUCACCCUGGUGGAGAAGGGCGACUUUAAGCAGGUCUGUGUGGUUUGCCGGGCGCGGCGGAAGAUGCGGUCGCACCACUGCAAGGAAUGCGGGCGAUGCGUCGACCGGUUGGAUCACCAUUGCCCCUGGAUAGACAACUGCGUGGGCCUGGGGAACCAAAGGGCCUUCUUCUGUUUCAUCGUGGUCCUCUUCGUCACCAUCGCAGACUUCUACUACGGGGUCUUCCUGUACGCCUUCGACACCGUCUUCCCAGAGAUCUCCCGAGGCUCCUUCGGGGAGCUGUUUCGAUCGCUGACCAGCGGGUCCUUGGGCCCGGAGCUGCAGCCCAUCAUCGUCAUCCUCACCGCCGUGUACGCUUCGGAUCGCGGAUCGCGGCUCGUCGGUGGCCCCCAAUCACAGGGACAACGCUGCCUCGAGGGCUAG